AUGCUAAUGAAUGACGACGGCGACGACGAACAUGAUGAUGACGAUGAUGAUGAGCAGGACAACGAAGAUGACUGUACUACUACUACAAUUAUUACUACUGUAACAAUUACAACUACUUCUACAAUUACUACUACUGCAACAACUACAACUAUUGCUACAACUACUAUUACUGCAAUAACCAAAACUACUGCUACAAUUACUACUACUGAAACAACUACAACUACUGCUACAAUUACUAGUACUGCAAUAACCAGAACUACUACUACAAUUACUACUACUGCAAUAACCAGAACUACUGCUACAAUUACUACUUCUGCAACAGCUACAACUACUGCUACAAUUACUACUACUGCAAUAACCAGAACUACUGCUACAAUUACUACUACUGUAACAACUACAACUACUACUUCUACUGCAACAGCUACAACUACUGCUACAAUUACUACUACUGCAAUAACCAGAACUACUGCUACAAUUACUACUACUGCAACAACUACAACUACUACUUCUACUGCAACAGCUACAACUACUGCUACAAUUACUACUACUGUAACAACUACAACUACUACUUCUACUGCAACAGCUACAACUACUGCUACAAUUACUACUACUGCAAUAACCAGAACUACUGCUACAAUUACUACUACUGCAACAACUACAACUACUACUUCUACUGCAACAGCUACAACUACUGCUACAAUUACUACUACUGCAACAACUACAACUACUGCUACAAUUACUACUACUGCAACAACUACAACUACUGCUACAAUUACUACUACUGCAACAACUACAACUACUGCUACAAUUACUACUACUGCAACAACUACAACUACUGCUACAAUUACUACUACUGCAAUAACCACAACUACUGCUACAAUUACUACUACUGCAACAGCUACAACUACUGCUACAAUUACUACUACUGCAACAACUACAACUACUACUACAAUUACUACUACUGCAAUAAGCAGAACUACUGCUACAAUUACUACUACUGCAAUAAGCAGAUCUACUGUUACAAUUACUACUACUGCAACAACUACUGCUACAAUUACUACUACUGUAACAACUACAACUACUUCUUCUACUGCAACAACUACAACUACUGCUACAAUUACUACUACUGCAACAACUACUGCUACUGCUACAAUUACUACUACUGCAACAACUACAACUACUGCUACAAUUACUACUACUGUAACAACUACAAUUACUGCUACAAUUACUACUACUACUGCAACAACUACUGCUACAAUUGCUACUACUGCAACAACUACAACUUCUGCUACAAUUACUACUACUACUGCAACAACUACUGCUACAAUUGCUACUACUGCAACAACUACAACUACUGCUACAAUUACUACUACUGCAACAACUACAACUACUGCUACAAUUACUACUACUGUAACAACUACUGCUACAAUUGCUACUACUGCAACAACUACAACUUCUGCUACAAUUACUACUACUGAAACAAUCAGAACUACUACUACUGCUACUGGGACUUUUCUUGACGAAAAUAUUUCUCUUUUUUCAGGGUUAAUAAUUUCGUUAUUCGUUGCAAGCCCAAUUAAGUGUCCAUGAUAAAGGUCCUCGGACAGCUAUAUUCUACAAGAGCUCUAUACUUUGUAUACGGCAUUACAAUGCACUAUUAAUUAAUUGGUGUGAGUUAAAGAAGAGCGGCAACAAAAAACAGAAAAAUAAAAACAUGGUAUUCUUAUAUUGAAUGAAUUGUCGGUAAAACAGAAAAAU